CGUUCUUUUAUCCACGCCGCUCUCUGUCGUGCCUUGUUCACAAUCAAAAUUUAAAAAAAAAUGGGUCGUGUAAGAACCAAAACCGUAAAAAAAGCCGCCCGUGUAAUUAUUGAAAAAUAUUACACUCGUCUUACCAUGGAUUUUCAUACUAAUAAGAGAAUCUGCGAGGAAAUUGCAAUCAUCCCCAGCAAGAGGCUAAGAAACAAGAUUUCUGGAUUUGUUACCCAUUUGAUGAAGAGAAUCCAACGUGGCCCAGUUAGGGGAAUUUCCAUUAAGUUGCAAGAAGAAGAGAGGGAGAGACGAGACAACUACGUGCCUGAUGUUUCGGCUCUAGAACAAGAUGUCAUUGACAUUGAUCCUGAUACUAAGGAUAUGUUGAAAAUGCUUGAUAUGGCUAAUCUUCCUAAGGUUCAAGUUCAGACCUCCAGUCAGACUGUCGUUACCAGUGGUUUCCGUCGUUAA